AUUUUGUUUAACCAGUUUAGUAAUACAACUCAAUUAUUACAAAAUGUUGCCCAUUUUUACGCUUCUGUUUUUCAUUCCUCAGUUGUUUGCUUUGCAAGUAACAGAUCCGUACACAAGAUUUUCCAAACUCGAUCUUCCUCCUGGACCUUUUGGUCCUGAUUCAGUUUCCUUGGAUCCCUCCAAUACAGGUCCCUACGUGGGUGUAAGCGAUGGCAGAAUUCUCAAAUACAAUGGUAAAGAGUUCGUGGAUUUUGCUUACCUUUCCCCAAACUGGACAAAGGAAUUAUGCGAAGGGGUGAGAAACUUGAGUAUGGGUCCUAUUUGUGGAAGGCCGUUAGGGUUCAGUUUCGAUUCAAACACAGGAAAUCUUUACGUCGUGGGUGCUUACGGUGGUUUUUACAGAGUAAGCCCCGGCGGCGGAAAAGCCAAUUUAAUAGCCUCCGGCGUAAAUAACGUUAAAUUUAACUAUCUUAACGGCAUCGACGUUGACUCAAACAAAAGAGUCGUUUACUUCACCGACACCAGUUUGGUAUACAAUUUCACGGAUGCUCUCCUAUCACGCCCAGAAAUACCAGGAGAUUCAAGUGGAAGAUUAAUAAAAUAUGACAUUGAAAAAAAACAAUUAACAGUAUUAUUAGACAAGCUUCCUCGUCCAACAGGACCCGCAGUAAGUGAAGACAGUACAUUUCUAGUGUACGGCUCUUUUACCACUCAACGAAUUUUCAAGUAUCACCUCAUAGGGCCAAAAAAAGGAGCAACCGAAGUCCUGAUAGAUAAUUUACCCGGGUUUCCUGUGAAAAUAAAGAGAGCCCCUUGCGGGUCAUUUUGGGUGCCAGUCAACGUGUUGGUUCAACCGCAACCUCGUCUGGUUCAUCCGUUUGGUUAUAAGUUCAAUUCCUUUGGUGGUAUAAUUUUGAAGAAGAAUUUUAGUACGGAGUAUUCUGAAGCUCAAGUGAAUGUUGUGCAAGAGUAUAACAGUUUGCUUGGUUUUUCUGGGAAAACAUUGUUCGUUGGCUCUCGAAUUGUGUCUUUUGUUGGUAAAUAUCGAACAUCGGGACUACUAUAGAUAACCAAUUACGAAUGAAUUUAGGUGGUACUGGUUUUUUAUAUAUCAUGUCGACUUUGAUCAUUCCUCUAUCGACAUGGUUCCCGCGAAC